CAACGGUGUUAGCAGUAAUUUGUCCAUUGUUUCUACUGCGGUUUCCACUCCUAGUGACGACGACCUUUCUUUUGUAAACCCAUCAAAACAUAAUAAUCAUACCGUUUUUACUGGAAAUUAUUAUUCCUCUAGUACUCAUUCAAGUCCAAUACAAACACUCUCAACUUCUAAUACAACUCCCACAUCUCAUACUCCUGAAACGAAUUCUUCUUAUAUUGACUCAAAAUAUGUCGAUAAAAAUCACGAUAAUCAUCAUCAUCACCACAAUGGAUAUUCGGAACAUAAAAUGAUGCACCUUGUUCAAAGUGUUCAAAAACUAUUUAUUCAUAAUAAUCAUAGCCACGAUUCACAAAAUUCAGAUGAUGACUGUAACCAUGAAAAGUAA